GUUCUGAACAUGAGCCUUAUUACAGUUUUUGGAGCGACUGGGAAUCAAGGGAGCUCCGUUGUCCGGUCCCUCCUCCAAAACUCCUCCUUCCGUGUCCGAGCCAUCACGCGCACUCCCUCAUCUCCUGCAAGUCAAGCGCUAGCUGCUGCGGGAGCUGAGAUUGUUCAAGCUGAUGGCUUCAAAGCCGAAGAAAUUCGAGCGGCAUUUGAAGGGAGCUGGGGCGCUUUUGUAAACAUCAACUCGGACGAUAAGGUGUUUGCAAACCCAGAUGGCCCAACCGAAUUCGACUUGGGCAAGACAAUCGUCGAUGCCGCGACUGCCGCCAGAGUGAAACACUUUGUCUUUAGCUCAGGGCCACCAUGCACUGAGAUGACGGAGGGCAAGGUCCGCAUGAAAGCCAUGGAUAUGAAGUACCAGAUAGAAAAAUACGCCCAGAGUCUCGGAAGCUUCGAGACUGUCAUACCCAUUGGUGCUGCAUGGUUUUUCGAAAACUUCCUUGGCAAAGAAGUUGCCCCAGUCUUUGGCGGAUUCCCCCAUUUCCCUGACGCUGAGGGCAUUCGGACCUUUCGUGUCCCUUACUGGGGUGGCGAUGAGCGCGUACCAUUCUUGAGUGUGGUAGAAGACUGGGGAGAUAUUGUUCACGGUAUAUUUCUGAAUCCCGGUCGCUGGAAUGGUCACUUCGUCCAUGGAAUCAGCCAUAUUUGUAGCUUCGACCAGUUAGUUCAAGAUUUCCAGCAAGCAACUGGGCAUCCAUCGCGUUUUGCUCCAAUCCUUCCUUCGUGGGAAGCUUUCGAGACUCAUGGUAUUCAUGAGCUCCAAGAUGUGAAAUUGAUGUUUGGCUUCACUCAAACUACCGGUGGCUUGUAUUUUGCUACCCCAAGUGAGACAGAUACUGCGGCCCAGUUGAAAAAGGCCACAGCACAGGCAUUGGGCCGCCCAAUGGCUGCACAGAAUCUGACAACAGCUCCAGCCUGGUUCAAGAGUCAUGCCAAGAGCUUUGAAUAA